AUGUCCGCCGUCGCCCUAAGCUUCGUGCCAACCGCGCGCGAUCGCGCGCGCGUCUCCGUGUACGCGCACACGUCCUCUUCUCGACAAUGUACGCUCUCACGUCCGCGCUCGAACGCGUCGAGGCGAAGCUUUGUCUCUGAACGCGGUACUUUACCGAAUGAAACCCUCUCUCGCGCUCGCUCUGUCCGCGCGAGCGCGCGAUUCGGGGUGAUCGCCCUGGCAAACGUUCUCGGUGACGGUUCGUCGAGCACUAGUGAAGACGCGGAUGAUUCGGACGACGAGGAGACCACGCGAGCGAGCGUGCAGCUGCCGCGCACGCGUCGAAGGGUACAGAUGACGUUCACGUGUAACAAGUGCGAGGGGCGGACGAUGCGGAUGAUCAAUCCGGACGUGCUAGAGCGAGGAACAAUGUGGGUACAGUGCGGUGAGUGCGAGGUGUGGCAUCAAAUUGUCGAUAAUCUGGGGUUGAUUUUCGACUUCACUGGGGACUACGACGAGCUGAAAAACGUGGUGAAGAACGCAAUGCGGAUGCGACCACAAACGGAUAGCGAUUGA